GGGUGCGAUAAAACAGCCAAGACCUGCUUGGCGUUUCUCUCCAGUUGAACUCCUCUUGACUUCAGCUAUUUCUUGCUCCAAGCUCUCUCUCUCUCUCCCCUCUCUCUCCCCCCCUCAUCCUUUCCUUCAAAACUCACACAUUAUUUCUGUAAAUUUGUCUGUUUUUUAGCUUUUGGUUGCUGUUACGAUCUACCAAAUACACCACUACAUUUUAUGUUUUCUCCCCAUACUGCUGUCUGCGUCCGCCAUUAAAAUACAUAAAGAAAGAGGAAAAAAGAAGACAAAUUUCGCAAAUUCGAGAGAAGCCCAGUAUUUUCUUCGCCCUCUUGUUCUUGAACCCCCGACCCAAUAGAUCCGCCAUGCUCAGCCUGCGGCCUCGCCGCGAUUCCACUCCGUAUACUACCAAAUGGCAGAACAAGUUUGAGGAGAAUUUGGAGCAGUGGCCACAUCUGAAGGAGUUGGUGCAGUGCUAUACAACUGACUGGGUGAAGGAUGACAACAAGUAUGGUCACUACGAGAGUGUUGGACCGCCCUCAUUCCAGAACCAGAUUUAUGAGGGUCCUGACACUGACAUUGAAACCGAGAUGCAUCUUGCAAGUGCAAGGCGAACCAAGGUGGAAGAUACUACUGAUGAUGAUGUCCCCAGUACCUCGGGAAGACAAUUCACAGAGGCUACUGUAUCUGAUUCAGUACAGUCCAAUGAUCCAAAGCAUUUUGGUCAAUCUCCCCUUCCUGCCUAUGAACCAGCAUUUGAUUGGGAAAAUGAAAGGUCAAUGAUAUUCGGACAAAGGAUUCCAGAAACUCCAAUAUCUCAUGGAUUGAAGAUCUCAGUGAAGGUUCUUUCCCUAUCAUUUCAAGCGGGAUUAGCUGAGCCAUUUUAUGGUACAAUGUGCUUAUACAAUAGGGAGAGAAGAGAAAAAUUGUCAGAGGACUUUUAUUUUCGUCAUGCACCAACUGAAAGGCAGGAUAUUUCUAUUGAACCUCGCGGAAUCUUCUAUUUAGAUGCUCCAUCAUCAUCAGUUUGUCUGCUAAUCCAGUUAGAGAAGCAUGCCACAGAAGAAGGCGGGGUUGCACCUUCAGUUUAUUCACGCAAAGAACCAGUACACUUGACUGAGAAAGAAAAGCAAAAACUGCAGGUGUGGUCUCAAAUAAUGCCUUACAGAGAGUCCUUCGCCUGGGCUAUUGUUUCAUUAUUUGAUAACAGCAUUGGUGCAGCUUCUGGUGGGUCUGCUUCCCCAAGCAGUCCUCUUGCUCCUAGUAUAUCUGGUACAAGUUCUCAUGAUGGUGUGUUUGAGCCUAGUGCAAAGGUCACAUUAGAUGGGAAGCUAGGUUAUUCAAGUCGAAGCUCUGUUGUUGUCGAAAUAUCAAACUUAAAUAAAGUUAAAGAAUGCUAUACUGAAGACUCACUUCAGGAUCCCAAACGCAAGAUUCAUAAACCUGUGAAAGGUGUUUUGAGGCUGGAAAUCGAGAAGCACCAGAAUGACACUGUUGACUUGGAAAAUGUAUCAGAAAGUGGUAGUGUUACCAAUGAUUCUAUUGAUGACCGCAUUACCGAUUCCACAUUUGGGAAGCUCCCAAGUAAUGGUUUGGAUGGUCCUCAGGGUAGCAGCUCUAAGUGGAAUUCUUCUGACACCAAAGAAAUAUCUGGAAAUGGACCAAAUGCUUCAAUUCCUAGUACUGAUGAUUUUCAAGCUUUCGACUUCCGUACGACAACAAGAAAUGAGCCUUUCUUGCAGCUUUUUCAUUGCCUAUAUGUAUAUCCCAUGACUGUUAGUUUGAGUCGGAAGAGGAAUUUGUUCAUAAGAGUUGAACUGCGGGAGGAUGAUAAUGAUAUUCGUAGACAGCCUUUGGAGGCAAUGUAUCCAAGGGAACCAGGUGCAUCACUACAGAAGUGGGCUCAAACACAAGUGACUGUUGGGGCUAGGGUGGCCUGCUACCAUGAUGAGAUCAAACUCUCCCUCCCUGCUACCUGGACACCAACACAUCAUCUUUUAUUUACUUUCUUUCAUGUAGAUCUUCAAACAAAAUUGGAAGCUCCAAAGCCUGUAGUAAUUGGAUACGCGGCACUUCCAUUAUCCACGCAUGCUCAGGUGCGCUCUGAAAUUUCUUUGCCAAUUAUGAGAGAGCUGGUUCCACAUUAUCUCCAGGAUAUGGGCAGAGAGAGGUUGGAUUAUUUGGAAGAUGGAAAGAAUAUCUUUCGAUUGCGCUUAAGACUAUGUUCGUCGCUGUAUCCUAUCAAUGAGCGCAUAAGAGAUUUUUUUCUUGAAUACGAUAGGCACACUCUUCGAACAAGUGCACCUUGGGGUUCUGAACUUCUGGAGGCUAUUAACAGUUUGAAGAAUGUUGAUUCCGUUGCUUUGCUUCAGUUUCUACAUCCAAUUUUGAAUAUGCUUCUCCAUCUAAUAGGAAACGGUGGAGAAACCCUCCAGGUUGCAGCUUUCAGAGCCAUGGUUAAUAUCGUCACCCGGGUGCAGCAAGAGUCGGUUGAUGAUGCUGAGAGAAAUCAUUUCCUAGUUAAUUAUGUUGAUUACGCUUUUGAUGACUUUGGGGGUCGUCAACCACCAGUUUAUCCUGGUUUGUCAACUGUUUGGGGGAGUUUGGCUCGUAGUAAGGCUAAAGGAUAUCGUGUUGGACCUGUGUAUGAUGAUGUUUUGGCAAUGGCCUGGUUUUUCCUUGAGCUAAUUGUCAAGUCAAUGGCAUUGGAGAAGAUGCGUCUUUUCUAUCAUAAUAUUCCUUUAGGUGAAGAUAUUCCGCCUAUGCAAUUGAAAGAAGGUGUAUUCAGAUGUAUAAUGCAGUUGUAUGAUUGCCUACUAACUGAAGUGCAUGAACGUUGUAAGAAGGGAUUAAGCUUAGCAAAGCGUUUAAACAGCAGUUUAGCUUUCUUUUGUUAUGACCUCUUGUCCAUCAUUGAACCUCGCCAAGUUUUUGAAUUGGUGUCCUUGUACCUGGACAAGUUUUCUGGGGUUUGCCAACUGGUUCUGCAUGAUUGCAAGCUCACAUUUCUACAAAUUAUAUGCGAUCACGACCUUUUUGUGGAAAUGCCUGGGAGAGACCCUUCUGAUAGGAAUUACCUUUCGUCUGUUUUAAUACAAGAGCUAUUUCUUACGUGGGAUCAUGACGAUUUGUCUCUGCGAGCAAAGGCAGCUAGAAUUUUGGUAGUCCUUUUGUGCAAGCAUGAGUUUGAUGCACGAUACCAAAAGCCUGAAGAUAAACUAUAUAUAGCCCAGCUCUAUUUUCCACUUAUUGGACAGAUUCUUGAUGAAAUGCCUGUAUUUUACAACCUCAAUUCUGUUGAAAAGCGUGAAGUUUUGGUCGCAAUUUUGCAAAUUGUACGGAACCUUGAUGAUUCAUCACUUGUCAAGGCGUGGCAGCAGAGCAUUGCUAGAACUAGAUUGUUUUUCAAACUCAUGGAGGAAUGCCUUGUUCUAUUUGAGCACAGAAAACCUGCUGAUGGCAUGCUUAUUGGAUCUAGUUCUCGCAGUCCUGUUGUUGGCGAUGCCCCUGCGUCCCCCAAGUAUUCUGAUAGACUAUCCCCUGCGAUCAACAACUAUCUGUCUGAAGCAUCUAGACAAGAAGUCAGGCCUCAGGGUACUCCUGAAAACAGUUAUUCGUGGCAGAGAGUAAAUUCUCAGUUAAGCUCCCCUAGCCAGCCGUAUUCCUUGAGAGAAGCACUGGCUCAGGCACAAUCUUCUAGAAUUGGAGCUUCUGCUCAAGCAUUAAGAGAAUCUUUGCAUCCAAUAUUGAGACAAAAAUUAGUAAGUUUUGUGUAAGCAUUGUGUGUUUGUUUGAUUGCAGCAUGAGCCCCAUUUACAUUCUGCAAUA